AUUUCAAGAACGGACCUGUGAUGAUAGCAGUGGCGAUAGCAGCAGGCAUUGUAGAAACAUAGCGGUAGUAGCAACUGCGAGAAGCACAAGGAAGACAAGUCAUGUGGUGGUUCCUCCGCAUCUCCUUCUGAUCCUUGAACAGCUCAAUUGCUGGGGUGUUGAUAGCCACUUUCACAAAGAAUGAACGGAACAAGAAGCAGUGAGCAAGAGUCGAAUUGAGCUGGCUGCAUAUUGCUCAUUUACCAAAGGCAAGGCAUGGAACGGGGUCCAACACGGAUGUGCUCUCCGUACUCCGUACUCGGAACGCCAUUCCGUAGCCUGCUAUUCGCUCCGUUUGUUCGCUUGGAGAAAAGGCGGCACUUGGGCAACAAUACAGCACCCACGGCUAUUUGCUCUGCUUGCCUAGACGAGACAUGCUCCAGGGGUCGCCGCCAAUUGGAUGGCGCCCCUGGGGUUGGAGAGAGACCCCUGCUCAUUGACGCCGCACCAGACAGCUGGGUACCGGUACUCAGUCACCCCCAACCCCAGAGGUACAAAGAGCGACCAGCGCUAGGAGCAAAGAGCACAGAGAGGGAAAAAACGGAGAGCAGUUUCGAACGGUUGAGAGGCCAGAGUCAUUUCGUCCGGUUAGGCAUGGUGGCAUCGAAUGUCGUUCUCAAGGCUGGCCAGGGCCGAGCGGAUUAUUCCGUGAUCCAUGCUUUUGCGGACCGCUGCCUGCCAAAGUCGAAGAAGAGUUAGGCACAAUACAGCACAAAACAAAGAAAGUCCAAAAUAGCAGGCUCGUAAAAGAGAAAAAAAGAAAGGAAAUACUGUAAUAUUA